AUGGUUAUCUCUCUUUGUUACCGGAUAGGGCUGGAGGAUAACAGGUUCCUGGCUCACCGCUGUUCGCUACGAUUUUUUAACGAAUAAGUCGGUCAGGAAUUUUUCAAGAAUGGCAUUUAAGGAUACUGGUAAAGCGCCCGUUGAGGCUGAAGUAGCGAUCCAUCGCAUCCGCAUCACUCUGACCAGCCGCAACGUGAAGUCUCUGGAGAAAGUGUGCGCAGAUCUGAUCCGUGGUGCUAAGGAGAAGAAUCUGAAGGUCAAGGGACCAGUCCGCAUGCCAACCAAGACCCUGCGUAUCACCACCAGGAAGACACCUUGUGGAGAAGGAUCCAAGACCUGGGACCGCUUCCAGAUGAGGAUCCACAAGCGUCUGAUUGAUCUGCACAGUCCAUCUGAGAUAGUCAAGCAGAUCACUUCAAUCAGCAUUGAGCCUGGAGUAGAGGUUGAGGUCACCAUCGCUGACGCAUAGACUAUUUUGCAGCUGCAAUAAAAAGUUGAAAUGA